GCCAAAGGCUAUAGAACGCGUCCGACGUCCCCUCGGAGCAUAAGCUUUCCAGCAUGAGCACAAGACGGGGCGCACUCCAAGCCGGUGUGCAUCAACCAGUGGACGCCUCUCCAGUGCGGCUUCUGAAACCGAUAUGGCGUGUAGCCUCAAACGAUGCCAAGGCAAGCGUGGAUGCAUUUGUCCCAGAGGCGCCAACCUCCCGCCAGGUAGCUACAGAGGCACGUCGGUACCUUCGGAGCCGACGCUACCUGCUCUCACGCCGACCAAGGCGGCCAAGUCGACAAAGCAACCACGGCUAAAUCGAAGCAAGCCAACGUCGUCGAGCGCUGCCACGACGCCCACAACGUCGAGUCCACUAGCCACCGUCCCACCGACUGCUGUCCCCGCAGCCAUCGUUCGUGCAACUGUACCGGAGCCAGUGUUGCCAGUAUUGGACCCGCGACGCAACGGCUCUAUCGUCGUGCGCUACAACCACUACAAGAAGGAAUUUGCGAUCAUGAACGGCAGCGUGACCACCGCUGUGAUCGACGCACAGUACUUUCUUUUGUCAGUGUUUCCCAAGGCCGCAUUGCACCUCAGUCGCUACGGCCCAUCGGACUUUGGGUAUGAAGCAAACGGCGAGAGCGAGCGACCGAUGCUGCGCGAAGACCCGCCAGGCGUCUACCACGAUCUGCUCGAUGGCGACGUCGUCUGGGUCCAUAUCGAAGAAGACGCGGCCGAGCGCGCGGCCUACGAAGAGCGCCAAGACGCGUAUGCAAAAGCGGCGGCGAACAAGCGGGCCGAGGCGCCGCCAUCCAACGGCCUUCUCAAGGAGAAGACCGAGUCGUGCUCGUGUCUGGAGGGCAACCCGUGCGUCGAUCGGUACUGCUGCAAAGACUGGGACCACCGGCUCGAGGUCGCCAAACGACAUGGCUGGAAAGGCUUUCAGUAGCUUACACUGUACACUCCGCAGGAAAUCUAACGAUUUGUUGCUCGUUGACGCCACUCGACUAUCGUUCUAUCAACCUCGCCCCGUUCUCUUCCA